AAGCAUCGGGAUUGCGCGAGAGCAGAUCGCGAAUCGCCGAUACGACGAACACAGACAACGCGACAUCAGCCGCUAAGUGCAUUUAACACAAAACCGUUUGCCCUUGAUUCGACACUCAGCUCUCGGAAGCCGACGUGAAAACACGCUAGUUGCAAACGUACCAAAAAGUUUUACCUCAUCACAAUGUCGAAGAUCGGAAUCAACGGAUUUGGCCGUAUCGGUCGUCUGGUACUGCGUGCCGCCAUCGCCAAGGGCGCCCAGGUGGUGGCAAUCAACGAUCCGUUCAUCGGUGUUGACUACAUGGUGUACCUGUUCAAGUUCGAUUCGACCCACGGUCGGUUCAAGGGCGAAGUGUCCGCCAAGGAUGGCGCCCUGGUUGUCAACGGUCAGAAGAUCCAGGUCUACUCGGAACGUGACCCGAAGACCAUCCCAUGGGGUAAGGCUGGCGCCGAGUACAUUGUAGAGUCGACUGGUGUGUUUACCACCAUUGACAAGGCAUCCGCUCACUUGGAGGGUGGUGCCAAGAAGGUCAUCAUUUCGGCUCCCUCGGCUGAUGCGCCGAUGUUCGUUGUCGGUGUCAACCUGGAAGCAUACGAUCCAUCGUACAAGGUCGUUUCGAACGCUUCCUGUACCACCAACUGUUUGGCUCCACUGGCCAAGGUCAUCAACGAUAACUUCGGCAUCCUGGAGGGUCUGAUGACCACUGUUCAUGCUACCACCGCUACCCAGAAGACUGUUGAUGGCCCGUCUGGCAAACUGUGGCGUGACGGUCGUGGUGCCGCUCAGAACAUUAUUCCAGCAGCUACUGGUGCUGCCAAGGCCGUCGGUAAGGUCAUUCCAGCUCUGAACGGUAAGCUGACCGGUAUGGCUUUCCGUGUCCCAACCCCGAACGUGUCGGUGGUUGAUCUGACCUGCCGUCUGUCCAAGCCCGCUACAUACGACCAGAUCAAGCAGAAGGUUAAGGAAGCUUCGGAGGGACCACUGAAGGGAAUCUUGGACUACACCGAAGAAGAGGUCGUCUCCACGGACUUUGUCGGUGAUUGCCACUCAUCUAUCUUUGACGCUAAGGCCGGAAUCCAGCUGAACGACACUUUCGUCAAGCUUAUCUCCUGGUAUGACAACGAAUUCGGUUACUCCAACCGCGUCGUCGACCUGAUCAAGUACAUGCAGAGCAAGGACUAAAUACCCUUCAAUCCCAACCCCGUUUAUAAACGAAACAAUUCUCGCAGGGCUUGAUGCCGCUGUUCUGUUAAACAUAGAAGUUGCGUAUCACACACACAGUAAAACCAACACCUACACCUCAACAAUGAAAAUGUAAUCCUCCUGUUGUACGAAAGAAUAGAAAACAACGCUACUCUACAAAACAGCAAAAACAAUUACACAUUAUUCUGUUUAGUUGGUAAGAUUAUUGAUAAUAAUAAUUAUAACUUUUAAUUACUAAAAAGUAAACAAAACAAAAUGCUGAAAAUUAAUAUACCUGUUGUGUAUUGUCAAGAAAUUGAUACCCCCCAGCAAUCGCUUAAGGUUAGAGAGAGACAGACAAAGAAAUUACCAUAUAAUCGCGCAUUAACUCAACCCACCCUGCCAUUCUCUCAUAUUCCAGAUAGGCGUUAGCACCAUCAAUCGUCUUCAACAUCGGUCGGAAGCGAGAUAGGGGUAGGGUGUAACAAUAAUCAUGUAUUUCGUUUUGAAAACGAUGCAUUAUGGAAAGGAAUAAACAACUCUAGAUUGUUACUAGUCGAGUAAAAUACAAAACAAA